CUUCAAAGAAACGCUUUUCAAAAGCCAAUGCCAAUGGCAAUGGAAAUGGCGGCUCCUUCUGCAGCUUGUUUCUGUGCGGUCUUCAAUCAGCAUGUGGCCUGGGGGAGCGUUAGGGCGAUCUUUUACUAGUACUGCGGCAGCUUCGAAAAAGCAGUAGGGACUGUAGUUGGCACUUUGGCGGAGGCGCUUGUGUUUUUGUUUGUGUUUGCAGCUGUGCGGGACUCAUAGGCUUCAAGCCAGCUCUGUCCUUCUCAAUGGGCACAUAUGUAGGAGGUUUGAUGUGCUGGAAGCAGAAGAAGGGUGAGGUGUGAAACGUUUGACAUUACGGUGGUGUGGCAAAGUUGUGCCAGACAUUUUGGCUUCUUGCACUUGCUGAAAACAGAGGUGCAAGCGAGCAACUUCUGGCCAGCUCUUUAAGGGACACAGCAGAAGAUCAGAUCUUAGGGUGGGCAUUACAGUAGUGGCAACUAGCAUCCAACACAAAUGCGCAUAAAGCAGGGCUGGUCACAUUGAAAACCAGGCAACCUUUGCACGGAGGUAAGGGAGCAACAAAAAGUCCUUGCUUCAGUAGAACGACGAGUCUUUGAUAGCCACCCCUAGAGAAGGGGACACCAUGCAGGGCUACAACUAGUUUUAGCCUCCAUUAACCCUUUCUCAACCCUCCGUUGGCUGGAGCCUUAACCACCGCUGUAAACUUCUCCAAACCCGUGGCGUAAGCUGCCCCAAACCUGCCAGGGGUGAGGCCUUGACCCCACUGGCAGGGCUGGCGAUCAUCGUCCAGAUGGCCAUCACCUUGACCACUUUUCUAACCUUCUUUAGAACCUGAGUUAACCUGCCGGAAACCACUAUGGCUGAGGCCUUGACCGCGCUGGCGGGGUUAGCGACCAUCGUCCAGAUGGCCAUCGCCGCCGGCAUGAAGGCCAAGAGCCACAAGCACAACGUGCAAGCACUUGUGCGCCGGCUCAAGCUCGUACCCCCACUCAUUGAGGAGGUGCGCGCCUCAAGGACCCCCCUGACUGAGGCGCAGCUGAACGUGUUUGAGAACUUGGAGCACGCAAUGCAGAGGGCCAAGGACCUGCUGACCAAGUGCAGCGAGAACAGCAAGCUGUACAUGAUCUUCCGGGGGGAUAGCAUUGUGCAGAAGUUCCGAGACGUGGGACUAGACCUCGACCGGUGCCUCUCAGCGCUUCCCCUUGUGCAGCUCAAAGUGUCUGACGGUACCCUUGAGAAGAUUGAAGAGGUGAGCGUGGCCCUCCGUGAGACAAAGUUUAAGGUGGAUGUCGUCGACCAGAACUUGUCCCUCAAGAUCGCAGAGGCUCUCAAGGAACAGCGGGAGGCGCAGCAGGUCAACGAGGACCUGCUCAGAAGCCUGGCCACUCAACUGGACCUGACCACUGUCCAAGCAUCCCGAGCGGAGGAAAAAGGCCUGCUGAGGGACCGGGAAGAGGCGCGAGCGGAGAAGGAACGAGGGGAAGAGGCCUACAUCAACCAGAUUAUCCACCUGCUAGACACGCUCGAGCUGGCCGACUCCUCGUCGCGCAAGGAGAGCCCCAAGUCGGUGCUGGUGCCACCGCCGCAGCCACCGGACGAGUUCCGCUGUCCGGUGUCGUUGGACCUUAUGGCGGACCCAGUCAUUCUGGAUUCGGGGCAUACCUUCGAGCGGGCUUACAUCCAAAAGUGGUUGGACGACGGCCAUCGCACAUGUCCCAUCUCCCGCAAACCGCUGAUGACGCUCAAGCUCAUCCCCAACCAGACGCUCAAGGGCAUGAUCAUCACGUGGUGCGAGAAGAACCACGUGCCCCUGCCGACCCUCCCCGUGCUCAGAAUGGAACCCCUCGCUGACGUGGCACCUUCUGCUGACGUGGCACGUGAGGCUGACGUGGCGCCGGCCAUCCUCGAAGGCUUCAAGGGCUUGCGUUUCAACAACGACUUCAGCGGGAGUUCCGCGGAGUGGGAAGAGUACGAGAUUGCAGAGCGGGGGAGCAAGAAGCGGCGGGGGAUCUCGAAGUUUGAAGAGGAGCUCAGCCGGUUUGCGGGCCACCAAACCGGGUUAGCGGAGCUGUUUGGCAAACCCGGGUCAAGGCGCAGCAAGGCAAACGAGAUGAUCCGGGGGGUAGAGGCAGCGCCUCAGCGGCUGAUGCUGUAUAACAUCGAAACGGAGAGCGGUGGAAGCGGGCCGAUCGCCGAGGGUUUGGCGUUUGGGGCGUCGAAUGCUGACGCUGUCUCAACGGGGCCAAGUCCUACCUCUGGACAGAGUUCGGACGGGUCGAAGAACCGGAACUCAGGACAGCUGUCGGACAGGUCGAGAAACUCUGGGCAGCUUCCGGACGGGUUGAAGAACUCCGGGCAGUUUUCGGACGGCUUGAAAAAUUCCGGUCAGUUCUCGGACGGGUUCAGCGCGCUCGGCGACCUGUACAACUCGGGAAGCUUGAAGCUGGGCGACCCAGACGCCUACGCGAGCGUCGACAUCCGCGACCUUAUGUGCGAGAGCCCGCUGCGCGACGACGUCAUUGCGCCGAUCGAUGACGUCAGCAUUCCGCUCGGCGACGGGCUGCUUGGUUUCGGUGGGGGGGAGCAGGGGCCAGGGGACUCGAGCCCGUCGCGGGGGUCGGGUUUAUUCGGCGAGCCGAAAUUCCGGUUGAGCUGGGCGCGGCGGAACUCGGAGAACAAGCUUUUGUUGCCCGAGAUGUGCCCCAGUACUAGUUACCAAGCGGAGUUGGGGUCACUAGAGUCGCCCCAGGGUUUGGGCUCGGAUCCUUUGGGGGGGGUAACCGAGCAGGGUUAUCAGGGGAUGUUGCUCAAGCCGCACGGUUUCGAAACGCAGCGUGAGAGCGGAAAGGAGCGGGUUUUGGAGGAGGGGUUGAGAUUAGCGGAUGGGCACUCGGGGCCUCAAGACGGUUAUCAGGAGAAGCGGUCUCUCCCUCUUGAUUUUCUUUUGGAGACUUCGCCCUCUGGGGGUCAAAGCCACAGACACGGACACAAGGAGCAUCUUCGGCCGCUCGCGCGGGGGGGCGCGAGCGUGCAUGGUGUGAAAAAGGGGGGCGUCAGCAAGGGGGCUGCGCACAGUGGCAGCGGGCAUAAUCGGGAGGGGUUAACGAACGGAGUUUUUGGGAUCGGGUCGACGGGAAAUGGGGGUCUGGACUGGGCCGGUGGCAUGGGGGGGAUCGGAGGCCAACCGCACAAGGAGAGUUUGCAAGGAGCACUUGCCGGUGCUGGCGAGGUUAGUGCAAAAGGGGGUGGAGGUGUGAACGGGCUCCGGGUUACAGAAGGGGUCAAAGUGCAGAAAGGCGGUGCGCACGGAGGGCUUGCUGGAGAUAACAGUAUUGACGGGGUUAGUGCGAACAGGGCCCAAGUUGCGAACGGGCUCGGUGCAAACGGGCAUGGUGCGAACGGGCUCGGUGCGAAUGGGCACCGGCCACCGUCGUUGACUGCGCGCACACUCAGCGGGGCGGGAGGGGUUUCCAGCAGACGAACGUUCUCGCAGCAACUGCACCACUUUGACUGGGAGAUCGACGGCUUGGAAUCGAGCCCGUCUCCCCCCGAGCUAAUCCGGGGGGCGGGCGCGCUGCUGAACGGGCGAGACCGAUCGAAAAGCUCUAGACGUUCCUCCGACCCUGUGCGGCAGGAGGGAAGGCUAGAGAGCGCGGCGGUGCACCGGCGGGGGGCAUCGCUGCCCCAGGAACCGGCAGGCCCUUCGCCCCCCCUCCGCUCGCCUCGCAGCCCUCCGAUGUGUCCCAUUCUCGACGACUUCCUGCUGGACGCACCAGCCCAGAGCCCCCGCGAGUUCGGACACCGCGUCACCGCCCCUGCGCCGGACGUCCGAGCUGCCGCCCGGACAGACCGACCUGGAUCUGGAGGAGAUAAGCCCAAACCGUACCUGACCACCCCAGAAGAGGUGACCGCACUGCUGGAUGCUCUGGACUCAGAUGACGUCAUGGUGAAGAGACACGCAGCAGAGCAGCUGCGCGCGCUGGGCAAGAACAGCAACGCCAAUCGGGCCACAAUCGCGGCUGCUGGCGCCAUCCCGCUGCUUUUGGGCAUGAUCGACUCCCCCGACGCGCUGGUGCAAGAGCACGCGAUCACCGCUAUACUCAACCUCUCCAUCAACGACGUCAAUAAGACCGCACUUACAGUCGCGGGAGCGAUCCCUGCGCUGGUAGAGGUCCUGGCGAGUCCGUGGUCUUCGGGUGGCGCCAAAGAGGCGGCUGCCGCGACUCUCUUCAGCCUCUCGGUCAUGGACGACUGCAAAGUCACGAUCGGCGACGCCGGGGCGAUUCCGCACCUCGUGGAUUUGCUGCGGAACGGAACCCCCCGUGGGCGGAAAGACGCAGUGACAGCGUUGUUCAAUCUGUCGAUCUUCAGCGGGAACAAAGUGCGCAUCCUCAAGGCUAAGGCGGUGCCGCUGCUGGUGACCCUUGUGAGGGACACCAGUGUCAGAGAAAAGUGCGUUGCCGUCCUGGCCAACCUGUCGACGAUGAAGGACGGCCGCUCCAAGAUCGGCGACGCCGGGGGGGUCGCCGUGCUAGUUGACCAAGUCGAAGUGGGCACCCCCCGGAGCAAAGAGAACGCGGCGGCGACGCUCCUGCAAAUGGGCGUGAACAGCUCCCGGUACACUGCUGAGAUGAUACAGGCCGGAGCCAUCUCACCACUGCUGGCCUUGUCUCAAGACGGCACCCCACGGGCCAAGGAGAAAGCGCUCGCCCUGAUCCGGCACUUCCGCGAGCAACGAAAGGGAGAGGCGGUCAGAGGCCACCCGACAGACCAGGGCGUUGGCUCGUUGUAAAGUAGUAGAGUUGAUAGAUCUCUAGCGUCGAUUCCUGGGACUGUAAAAAGGGAGGAUAGACUAAUGCUAGCGGUCGCUUGCAGCGGACAGGAGAGAAUAGUGACGCAUCGCAUGUCGUUCCAUAAGGAACUGCAAGGACGACGGCUCUUGUAUAUGGUAGAGAGUGUUCAAGACUCCGUUCGUCGUUGAGGAUGAUAGUGACGGGAUGUUUGUCACAGGGUUCACUAUGCUUCAAAUGCU